AUAAUAAUAAUAAUAGAUCAAAUAGAGCGGUUGAAAAAUCUGGUGGGGAUCGCAUUACAGUCUGGGGUUGACCAGAUUCGGCAAGAUCAAGCCGAUGAAAAGCGCAGGAAGAUAGUGGAAUGGAUCUCGCCUACGAACUACCCAGCCCAGCAAUCAGACAUCAUAGCUCGCAGACAGGAGGGGACAGGUAAGUGGUUUCUGGGAGCGCCCGAGUUCGCAAGGUGGCUCGGUGAGCCCAAGGGCACGCUAUUCUGCCCAGGGAUUCCUGGCGCGGGCAAGACGAUGGUGGCUGCGAUCGCGAUCGAUCACCUGUUGCACUCUACGCAGAGCAGCUCGAUAGGAGUUGCAUACGUGUACUGCAACUACAAGGAUCGGGAGGAGCAGGAUACUUCGAGGAUGUUGGCAGCCAUCGCCAAACAGCUGGUGCAACGUCAACCACCAGCGGCAGAGCCUGUAGAACGACUGCAUAAGAAGCAUCACGACCUUGGCACAAAGCCGACAAUCGAGGAGAUAUUCAGCGCCCUUCAAAAAGUCAUUGCGAAGUAUUCCACAGUCUAUCUUGUCAUCGAUGCUCUGGACGAAUGUCGAGAUAUUGAUGGCACUCGUAGUCAGCUUCUGACUAAACUCAGAGGCUUACAAAAAGGACAAGAUGUUCGCAUCAUGGCCACUGCGCGGUUCAUACCAGAGAUUGAAGCUGAGUUUCAAGCGGCGAUGAAACUAGAAAUACGAGCCAGCGAUGAUGACGUGAGAUGUUAUGUAACUAGCCAGAUGCACCGACUGCCCUCGUGUAUUCGGCGUAAACCUGCGCUGCAGGUCAUGGUGCAAGACGAACUCGUAAAGGCGGUAGAUGGCAUGUUUCUUCUUGCCCGCCUACACACAGACUCACUCUUGGACAAGCAAACAGUAAGAGAAGUGAAGUCGACAUUAGGCCGCUUCUUGAAGGGCUCAGCUACGAUUGACGACGCCUACGACGAGGCCAUUCAACGCACAAAUGGUCAACUAGACGGAAAUAAGAAGCUGGCUAAGAAAGUAUUGUCGUGGAUCACGCACGCAAAACGGCCGCUCCUCACGGCGGAGUUGUGCUGUGCCCUAGCGGUGGAGCGUGAUGAAACAGAACUCGAUCCAGAAGGUAUUCCAGACGUCGAGGACCUGCUAUCUGUGUGUGCUGGCCUUGUCGUUGUUGAUCCGGAAACCGCUGUUAUCCGUCUCGUGCAUUACACUAUCCAAGAAUACUUCGAACGUAUCCGAGAUGCAUGGAAUCCAGGUGCUCAACUACAUGUGACCUCGACAUGUCUUACGUACCUAUCAUUCAGCAUAUUCAAGACGGGGAGCUGCUCCUCUGACGAAGAAUUUGAAGAGAGGCUCCGAGAAAACCAAUUCCUAGACUAUGCUGCGAAGCACUGGGGAGAGCAUGCGUUAGCAGCGGAAGAUAAUAUAUGUGAGCUAGCCUGCUCAUUUCUUUCCUGCAAAGAAUUGGUUUCUUGCGCUAUGCAGGUACUCUUACGAUCACAAUACACAGGUCAGGGGUAUAGCCAAAUAUAUCGUAAGGACAGCACAGGAUUGCAUCUUACAGCUCGUUUCGGAUUAGCUAUUAUAUCAGAGGCCCUGCUCCUAAAUCAAGUAGGAGAGACAGGACUUAUAUUAGAAAGAAGAGAUAACGAGGGCCAGACUCCCCUUUGUCUUGCAGCAAAACUUGGACAUCAAGGAAUGGUGAAGUUGCUGCUCGACAAGGGCGCCGAAGUCAACGCGCAAGGCGGAGAGUAUGGCAACGCACUGCAGGCAGCUGUAGCUGGGAACCAUACAGCUAUUGUCGAGCUUCUACUCAACAACGGCGCUGAUGCCUCGCGACACGAUAGCCAGGGAAAAUGUAUUUUGCAUUAUGCUACCAACAGCAUGGAUUGUGACCCUAGUCUUAUCGACCUUCUGCUCUCA